AUGGGUGUCAAACGCCGUCUCCUGCUGGCUAACAUGCCUCCUGUUUCAUUUGCAGAGGAUGAGAUUGUUUCCAUGGCUGACUCCACCGCCACCAUCGAUGACAUUGAAGGGGAGCUCUUCAAAAUUGAGAGGAUCAGAGAGAUCCUGGUGAGGAGGGAGUCAGAGCUGCGGUACAUGAUGGAUGACAUUCAGCUUUGUAAAGAAAUCAGCCGGCUGAAACAGGAGCUUCAAAAACUCAUCGCCCUUCCAGAGAACGAGAAGUCCAACGAGGAGAAACAGAGGGAAGAGGAGCUGGUGCAGCAGAUACACAAGCUGGUGGAAACGCGAGAUUUCCUGGUGGACGAUGUGGAGUUUGAGAGGCUCAGGGAAAGGGAAGAAGACAAGGAAAUGGCAGAGUUCCUGCAAAGUAAACUCUCCAAAAGCUACCUCCAGAAAGCAACUCCUGUCAAAGAGAAGAAAAUGACUUCCAGGGGGCAGCAAACCUCCGCACCAUACAUGACCAAAACGGGCCUCACCCUGCUGAAAGAGUGCUGCGGCUUCACCUGCUCCAUCAUGUAG